AUGGAUCUGACGGUCAGAUCCAAUAACUAUAGUGUGCAUUAUAAAGUUAAAGCUGGCAGACUUAUUCGCUCGCUGUCCUCUGAGAAAGAGAGCGCUUUGAUUCACAUUCCGCUGGGCUGCUCCGUCAUCUGCAAACCUGUAAAUGUCAGCAAUUAUUUAGACACACGCUCCGUUCUCCGCCGGCUGCAUCGACUAUCUGCCACUCGAGGUUCCAGCUGUCCUAACACCAGCGCCCUUCAGGAGGUGCGCGACUGUAAUGAGCAUCCCUGCAUCGUGUAUCACUGGCAGACGGGGCCCUGGGGACAGUGCGUGGAGGACACCACCACAUCCACCCUCAACACCUCCUCCAGCGCGGACAGGUCCACCUGCACCAUGGGUGUUCAAACGCGCAAGGUCAUCUGCGUAAAAGUCAACGUCGGACAGGUGCCGCCCAAAAAAUGUCCUGAAGCCCCCCGGCCGGAGUCAGUGAGACCCUGUCUGCUGCCCUGCAAGAGAGACUGUAUAGUCACAUCCUUCAGUGAAUGGACAGAGUGCCCCACUUCCUGUGAAGCAGGUGUAAAUGGGCAGAAGAAUAAACAGUAUCGCUAUCGAGUGAUCAUCCAGAUGCCAGCUAAUGGAGGUCAGGAGUGUCCAGAAGUCCUUUAUGAAGAGAAAGACUGUGCGACUCCAUCUGUCUGUCCGGGUUACAGGUGGAAAACGCACAAGUGGCGUAAAUGUCAGCUGGUCCCUUGGAGCAUCCGCAGGGACACUAAAGGAGCUCAGGAGAACUGUGGAGCUGGAGUCCAAACCAGAGCUAUCUCGUGUAGGCAGCUGGAUGGUACAGUGGCUGAUGUGGUUCGGUGUCUGAAGUUUGCCAGCAGCAUGCCGGUGAUGAGCCAGCCCUGCCAGCUACCGUGUCGAGAUGACUGCCAGCUCACCAGCUGGUCCAAGUUCUCUCCCUGCACCUCGGACUGCGUAGGGGUCCGUACGAGGAGGAGAGCUCUCGUGGGAAAAAGCAAGAAGAAGGACAAGUGCAAGAACAGCCAGAUGUACCCGCUGAGCGAGACCCAGUACUGCCCAUGUGACAAAUACAACGCCCAGCCGGUGGGGAACUGGUCUGACUGCAUCCUGCCCGAGGGCCGCGUGGAGAACGCCGCAGGCCUGAAGGUGUUGGGAGACGUGAGAGACGUGAAGGAGUGCGGGCAGGGCUACCGCUAUCAGGCCAUGGUGUGCUACGACCAGGACAACAGACUCGUGGAGACGGCACGCUGUAACAGCCACGGGUACAUCGAGGAGGCCUGCAUCGUUCCCUGCCCGUCUGAUUGUAAACUCAGUGAAUGGUCCAACUGGUCGCGCUGCAGUAAAUCCUGUGGCAGCGGGGUCAAAGUUCGUUCGAAAUGGCUCAGAGAAAAGCCUUACAAUGGAGGAAGACCCUGCCCGAAACUGGACCACCUUAACCAGGCACAGGUGUACGAGGUGGUCCCGUGCGUCAGCGACUGCAGUCAGUAUAUCUGGGUCGCUGAACCCUGGAGCGUGUGGAAGGUCAGUAACGUGGAUCUGAAGGAGAACUGUGGAGAGGGCGUUCAGACCAGAAGAGUCAGGUGUAUGUUGAACACAGUGGACGGUCCCUCCGACGCAGUGGAGGACUAUCUGUGUGAUCCAGAGGAGAUGCCGCAGGGGACGAGGGAGAGCCGUCUGCCCUGUCCCGAGGACUGUGUGCUGUCCGACUGGAGCCCCUGGACCCCGUGUGACCUGCCGUGUUCUGGAAGAGGAGACCGGGAGAGAGACGGCUUUGCGCUGCGUCUGCCUAAAGAAGGAGAGGACUGUCCGGUCAGCAUGCAGACCGAGCCCUGCUUCCUGAACCGAAACUGUUUUCACUACAGCUACAACAUCACCGACUGGAGCACAUGCCAAUUAAGUGCCAGCGCUGUGUGUGGAAUCGGUCUCAAGACGAGGAUGCUGGACUGCGUUAGAAGUGACGGCAAAUCUGUCGACCUCAAGUACUGCGAGAAGCUGCGCUUGGAGAAGAAAUGGCAGAUGAACGCUUCCUGUACGGUGGAGUGUCCAGUCAACUGCCAGCUCUCUGAUUGGUCAGCAUGGUCAGACUGCUCACAGACCUGUGGCCUUGAAGGGAAGAUGUGGCGCAGACGGACGGUGGUUGAGGCGUCUCAGGGGGACGGCAGGCCGUGUCCGGCUCAGAUGGAGCAGUGGAAGCCGUGUCCUGUGAGACCCUGCUACAGAUGGCAGUACGGCCCGUGGUCCGAGUGCCGUGUCGAGGAGGUGGUGUGUGGGGUGGGCCUGCGUUUCCGGAACCUGUCGUGCUUUGUAUCAGAUGGCUCCGGCGAUGGGAAGAGCAGUAUUGUAGAAGAAGAGCUCUGUGCUGGAUUGGAGCAGGCUGUCGAUGGAGAUAAGAAUAUUGUUCUGGAGGAGACCUGCACCUUACCCUGCCCUGGUGACUGUUACCUGAUGGAGUGGUCCGACUGGAGCCCGUGUCAGAGUGUGUGCGUGAAGGGUCAGCGGUUGGACUUCAGUCCGGCUCAGGUCCGUUCUCGGGCCGUCAUCGCUCAGGAGCCGGAGAACAUCGCUCAGUGUCCCGAUCAGGAGUGGCAGACCCGGCCCUGCAGCAAUGGGGAGUGUUAUGAGUACCAGUGGAUGGGCAAUCCUCAGCUGAUCUGGUGUCAGCGCUCGGAUGGAAUAAACGUCACAGGUGGAUGCCCUCCAGCGCUACUGCCAGGGACGGACCAGUCAUGUGAUCCGCCUUGUGACAAACCACAGUCAUUUUGCUCAGAGGAAGGCGUGUGUGUGUGCGAGGAGGGCUACACCGAGGUGCUCACGGCCGAGGGGAUGCUGGAGCAGUGUGCUCCCAUCCCUGUGCUCGAAAUCCCCACCGCAGGGGACAAGAAAUCUGAUGUGAAGACCAGCAGGGCCAUCAACCCCACCCUGCCCACCACAAUACAGCCUGGCGCGCCGGGCAUCACCUGGUACCUGCAACCCUUUGGACCAGACGGAAAUGGUAACGGAGGCGCGGAGUUCCCCGGUAGUUUAUCAGGUCACGAUACCGCAUGCUCGCACAGCAGUGUUGCCGUGGCCAUUCGCUGCCGACGCCAGAUUUCGCCAACAGCAUGCGGCGGAGGUUGUCGCUCCAUGAGCGAUUUCCACCUGCCCAGGCGUCGCGUUGUCAGAGUCGGCGCCAGUUAG